AUGAAUUCCAGCACAUAUUAAACAUCGCAAAACCGCGUAUUGUUUUGGUAUCUCAGCGCACCGAAAAUAUCUUGGCUAAAAUCCUACCGAACUUAUCCUGGAAAAUGGAAUUAAUACAGCUGGACGAUCAACCGCUCACAACAAAUGUCCGUACGUUGACGAAUAUCAUAAAUAACGAACCGGAUGUAGACUACAUGAGAUACAAGUCUGCAGAUAUCGAUGAUACCAGUCGGCAUCCAUUGGGUAUUCUCUGUUCGAGUGGUACCACGGGAUUGCCGAAAGGAGUAGCUCUGUCUCAUAAAAAUCUAAUGGCGUUUUUAACAAAAAUGGGCAAACCCGAGUGCUGGGACACAAGAAGUGAUGACAGAAUAUUAAUGCUGUUACCGUUUUAUCAUGCCUACGGAUUGGGCUUGCUGUUACUCGCUCUUUUCGCAAACUGCACCUUGGUCAUAAUGCCCGCCUUCGUGCCACAACUCUUCCUAACUCUGGUGCAGGAGUAUAAGAUUACUCAUCUGCCGGUGGUGCCGCCAAUUUUGACAUUCCUGGCGAAACACCCGCUGGUAGAUGAGUACGAUUUUUGCAGCGUGAGAGAAUUCCUCUGCGGAGCGGCGCCGCUUGCGAAAGACAUCGUAACCACGGUGAAGACUCGCAUGGGCAUAAAAUGCAUUCGCAACGGCUAUGGCAUGACAGAGUUGUCGGUAGUGGCCAGUAUGAGCGCACGCGAGGAUGAUGACGAGGUCGAGAAUUCAUCCGGGAUUCCUCUUCAACUCUUGCCUGGUUUCCUCUGCAAAGUGAUCGACCUCGAGACACAAGAGACACUAGAGACCGGCCAGGUGGGCGAGAUCUGCUAUUUCGGAGAGCAAGUGAUGCUUGGUUACUGGAACAACCCCGAGAUAACCAGACAGACCAUCGACCAGAACGGAUGGCUUCACACCGGCGACAUCGGCUACUUCGACAACAAGGAGAGGCUACAUGUGGUGGAUCGCGUCAAAGAGCUGAUCAAGUACAAAGGCUAUCAAGUCUCGCCGUCGGAGAUAGAAAUCGUCUUACUGUCGCAUCCCGCGAUAAAAGACGCCGGAGUCACUGCGAAACCCGAUGAACGCAGCGGCGAGAUCCCCGUGGCUUUUGUAGUGAAGCAACCUGACGCCACGAUUACCGCCCAAGACUUGCAGGAGUUCGUCAAACAGAAACUGUCGCCGCAAAAAUGGCUGUAUGGUGGAGUGCAAUUUGUCGAUGCCAUACCGAAGAAUCCUUCCGGCAAGAUCCUACGCCGCGAACUUCGAUUAAUGAUCUCUAAAUGAUAGUAAAAAUCGCAUAGGCUUGCUUAUAUAAUAUAAAUAGUAUAAAUCUCCUUCGAUAAAGACCGAAGAAAAGCAACUGUAUUUACAGAGUACAAUAAUUUCUAAUAUUUUUCAUAUCGCCAAGAGCAAACAGGCAAUUGCUCAAUGAAAGUGUCAUGGUAUGUAUGUUAAGAAAUGUCUGCAUUAACGAACGUCUCACUGCAAAGGUGAGUUAUAAGUGCCGCGAAUUUCUUCGCCGCAGAAACGUAAAUUUAUUGUCGAUUAAUUCGCAAGUAAACAAUUGAACCACCGUGAUCGAUUAAACCGACCGGGAGCGAUCGGUGAACCGGUUCCACCGCAUGAAUAUACGGGACAGCACAGUGAGAGGGUGUUUCAAGUUAUGUUACGAUAUUAUAUAAUAGGCUUGCGCUGAUCUGCGGUGCUAUGAAAAUAUAAGCAAAGAAACCUAAGUAUUGCAUUGCACACACGGAAAGAACAAUUUUAUUGAAUCCAGAUCUGAUAAUAAUUUUUGUUCAAUAAUUAAAAUAAUUUUGGGCAAAAGUCAAAGUAAUUGCUCAAAAUUGGUCAAAAUCGCCAAAAAGAGGCUUCAAGAACUUCGAUAUUUCGAGAUAUUCGAGAUAUCGAUUUAACAUGCACUUUUUCAGAUAGGAAUUAUUUUGCUUCUUUGAAGCUCAAGUCAUGUCAAUUUUGACAUUUAGAAAAGAUUCACGCAGAAAAUGGAAUUAUAAAAAAUGGUUAAAGGAUUAAAACAACAUCAGAUAAAAUGUUGUAAAUGAAAUCGUAUACGUUUUAUUAACAUAAAUCAAUUCAAAAAUUUUAAUAAAACAUUGAGAGUAUUUAUCUAACUGCGACUACAAAAUUAAGUAGCGAUUAGGAUUAUUAAAAUCAAAAUUUAAAUAGUAUUAUAACAAAAUGAUUUAUCAAAUUUUAAACAGUGUUUUUAACAAGCAUCUUUUUUGAAAGUAAAGAAACUGAUUUAUCUCUUUUUGAUUCGACGUUUUCUGUAUAAAAGUUUACAUCUAUUAAUCUGCAAGCGGAAUAACUUGCACUGAUUAAAAAAAUAAUAACGAUUUCGGCAGACAGAAAACCGUCAUCUAUACUUUAAAUUUUAUUCACCGAUGCCACCGACAAGUCAAGACUGUCGAAUUCUGUAUCUCCAAUAUAUGUACAUAUGUCUAUGAUGUCCACAUGCUGCAUCUGCCUCUGUCGAAUUUCAAGACAUAUUUUAUAUCCUCAAAUCUGCAACAUAAGUAUGUGAAAACAUGCAAAAAUGUGUACAUGAAAAUUUGUUACAAUGUGUGUGUGUGUGUGUGUGUGCGUGCUUGCGAUUUAACAUAAAAAAUAAAUAACACAUCACUUCACAUUACUACAUCAAUAUCGCAUGCACACGUACGCAGAAAUUGUCAGUAAAACGACAUUAAGAGUUUUGACGUCGCGCUAGCAUCUCCUUAACUUGAACUACAGAUUUUAGUAUGUACAUAUGUAUAUAUUGUAUGUUGACACUUGACAUCAUGCAAGAAAGAAGUUAAUCAUCUUAAUAUACAUAUCCAAUAAAACACAUUGAAGCAAAA